AUGUUCGAAAAUAAUUACCCAAAUUCUUCUUUUCCUGCGGACGAGCCACGAACUCAAACUAGUGGCUACCACCCUCGUGACGAAGUCGAUAACGAUUAUUCGCGACCCAGUGAUUCUGAUUCUGAUUUACGCUUCCCAAAGCGUCCUCGUCUUACUAAACCUUCCAUUAGAAAAAAACCAAAAAUGAGGAUUCCGAAGAAAGAAAAUGGUGUUGGAAGUAGCACUAACGGUGUUUCAACCACUAGUAAUGGUAGUUCUCAAAUUAUUACUAAUGGUCAAGUUUCAGCUCUUACAAGUCCACAAAAUCCUAGACGAGAAGAGCUUGUUCGGCUUAUGGUACAAGCAAUGCAAGAUAUGGGCUAUAGUAAAUCUGCUUCUCAACUUGAAAAAGAAUCUGGCUUUCUACUUGAAAGUUCUGCUGUCGCAAAAUUCAGGGAUGGCGUGUUAAAAGGUGAUUGGGAUUUGGUCGAAAGUCUUUUCCCAACGUUAGAACUAGAUCAAAAUCAAGACAUUGUGAUUGUACGAUUUUUAAUUCGUCAACAGAAAUAUUUGGAAUUGCUAGAAAAAAGAGAGAUAAAAUUAGCUCUAUAUACAUUGAGAAGUGAACUUACACCUCUCGCAUUCAACACAGAAAGACUUCAUUUGUUAUCUAGCUUUAUAAUGUAUUCUAAUGCUGAAGAUUUAAGGCGUAGGGCUGAAUGGGAUGGGGCUAAUGGCUCUUCGCGUCAAAAAUUAUUGUUGGAGAUACAAAAAUCUCUACUUGAACAGGCUACAACUUUACAACGUAUAUCAUGCCUAUAUCAUAAUUCUGACAAAUAUAUUUCUUUAUACUCUGAUCACGUCUGUGAUAGGUCACAAUUCCCUUCAAAAACUACUCAUAUAUUUGAACGACAUAAAGACGAGGUUUGGUAUGUUGCAUUCUCAAAUAACGGAAAAUUUUUGGCAUCAGCAUCAAAGGACAAGACAGCAAUCAUAUGGAGUCUUGAGACAUUGGAUUACGUGCAUGAGUUGAAAGCACAUACGGACUGUGUUUCUUUUUUAUCUUGGUCUCCAGAUGAUACCAAAAUCUUAACAUGUGGACAAGACAACGAGAUAAAGCUUUGGAAAUGUUUGACCACACUGAAAAAACAUCUUUACCCUGUAACUGCUUGUGCAUGGCUUCCGGAUGGGCUACGCUUCAUAUCCGGUAGUCAAGAUAAAGAUACUCAUUUAUGGACUUUGGAUGGGACAAUUUUGUAUACCUGGACUGGUGCCCGGAUAAUGGAUUUGGCGAUAAAUAAAGAAGGAACGAGAAUGGUAGCCAUUUGUCAUGAUGAAAAACUUCAUAUUUACAAUAUCGAAACAAGAAAGGAAGAGGCGAUAAUGGAUGAAAAUGCCAAGCUCACCUCUAUUUGUUUGUCAAGUGAUUGCAAAUAUGCUUUGGUGAAUCUCUCUACAAGGGAAAUUCAUCUAUGGGACAUUGAAGAGAGACGAAUUGUUCGUAAAUAUUAUGGCCAGAAACAGGAAAAGUUUGUUAUUCGGUCUUGUUUUGGUGGUAUUGAUCAAGGGUUCAUCGUUAGUGGUAGUGAAGACUCUAAUAUUUACGUGUGGCAUCGAGAACAUGCUACGAUGAUCGAGAUCCUGUCUGGUCAUAAGGGAGCUGUUAAUAGCGUUAAUUGGAGUCCCGUUAAUCCAUACAUGUUUGCAUCCGCCGGAGAUGAUCAUACAAUCCGGCUAUGGGGUACACCCAACGCUGCGGAUCAUAAAGGCAAAAUGAAAACUUCGUGA